GUUGUUUUGCAAAGAUGUAUUGAACCAAAAAAAAUCAACACACCUAAGCAAGUCGAAAAAGUCUGAAUUUUUAGUGAAAUUGAUGUGCUCUUAUCCUAAAAGCCAUGCGUGUUAUUUCAGUGUUCUUAUCAGAGCAUGGAUAAACCGUAUUUGCAUUUGUGACGUCAACAUAACUUAAGCUGAUUGUUUACCAACGAGAAUGCAAAAUGGACUAGACAGAUAACAUAACCUAAGGUUUCGUUUGAUCUUUUUGUUAUCAACUGAGCAUGAAUAUCUAUUAAAUGCAGUCUUAAUUUCUGGCUAAUUUUUAAGCUAUUGUUCUCAUAAACAAGGUUUUUAUAAAUAAAAUCUCGUGCUCUAUGCAACGGUAAUAACGUCCUAAGACACUGCUAUAACGUUUUUAUUUAUCUUUAGUGUUUUUUACUAGAUUUGCAAGAUAAAAAAAUGUCGCCGUUAAAUAAACAACAUUGUGGUUGAAAUGGCAGCCAUAAUUUUGAUUUAAAGAAAACAAUAAAAUAGCAUAUUAUAUAAAGCAGUAAGGAUAUUACGAAAGAGAAACAAUAAUCCUUAAAUGGGAUUUUGUUUUAUCAACUUUCAUUUUCAAAAUAUUACAUUGGAAGAUAGUGAUCAAGUUGGACAAAUAUGUGGUGGAAACGAAAUGAUGCGAAUUGAAAGAGAAAAAAAUAACACAUUAAAACUAGGCUUACAAAUAUUCGUGAUUUUUUUUCGUAAUGUUUAACUGGCUUUUAGAUUUUCGGCAGAUUUUAUAAAGAGACUUCAAUUUAAAAAGCGUUUUAAGCUUUUUAUCAACGUAAACAAACACGUAAUUUGUUUUCAGCUAUUUUUGCCAUCGUAAUUCGAUUGGCAGGAUUACAUGAAUUUUAAACCUGGCGGAUUUGUGUGGACAUCUAAAUGGACAUUUAAUUAAAGGGAACGGAAUAAGAAUAUAAUUAAAAAAAGAAGAAGGAGAAAAAACAAGAAUGAACAACACGAGUUCUAUCUCUACAAGUUGCACAUUUGAAAGUACUUUAAACAAAUUGGAUUUCUUCCUGUACGUAUUUAUAUCCUUAACAGCAAUAAUUGGAAACACGAUCGUAUUUGUCUGUUACUUUCGUUACCGUAUUUUACGAAAUAUAACGAACGUUUUUAUCAUAUCGCUAUCGGCGAGUGAUAUUCUAGUUGCGGUGGUAUCAAUACCGUAUUCAUUCGGUGUAUUUUUAUGUGGUGUGCGACCAGCUAAAGACCACCGCAAGCUUGGUGAUUUGAUAUAUCUUGUAUGCGAUAUGUUACCUAGUAUUUUGUCCAUCUAUUCGUUAGCUUUAGUAGCCAUCGAUAGGGCUAUAGCAAUAAAGAAGCCAUUUUUGCAUCGUCGAUAUUUUAAUCGCAAAACUGCUAGUAUAUCAGUAGGAAUAAUGUGGAUAUACACCGCUUUGUUAGUCUCUUUAAUUUUCGCAAUUGAAGCAGGGGACUUUACUUUAUUUAUAAUAUUCAUGUCAUAUGUUCUUCCGGUCUUAAUAAUGAUAGUGGCAUAUACAGUUAUGGGGUAUGUGGCAAGGAAGCACGCUACCGCUUUGAAUUCUCUUGACAGAACUGCAAAUCGUCUACGCGGAGAAAGCUACGUCAGUAGUAGUUUAUCCAAUAAUAACUCUCCGGAGAAAAUUUCACUUACAGUGAAUGGAGAACAUGAAUAUCCAUUGGUGUCUGAUGACAGAAGGAGAUCGAAUUCCAUAUUUUCUGGUCGUAGUGUUCUGGCGAGAUCCGUACGGGGUUUUUCAGUUUCAUAUACAAAAGCUAGGACGGCGAGUAUUGGAAGUUUAAGAUGUUUAAAACGAGAAUUAAAAGCAGCUGUUACGUUAUCGUUGAUACUAAGUUGUUUUAUUAUUAGCUGGACGCCAUUCAUGGCGUUGAAUAUCGAGCAUUACAGAUGUCCAGAUUGUUUUAUCAGCAUUGACUUAGUGAAAUACUUCAAGCUUUUGCAUUAUUCUAAUUCUGCAGUAAACCCGAUUUUGUAUAUACUUCUAAAUAGACGUUGGAGAGCUGCAUUCCGAAUGGCAAUUUGCUGCAAACGUGAGAAAUCACAUAUAUCAGAGGCUACUCAUUCCGAAUUAUUCGGAUGGUAGUAAAAGUAAGCAGAAUAAUAAAACGUUAUAUCGAAAAUGUUUCAUUCUCUUUUUUCGCGAGUUUUACUGUUAAGAUUCUACAAAUUUCUUAAUUAUCUUUGGCGUGUUCUUUGUGUACAUUAGCCAAUUUAUUCUAAGCGCAAAUAUCUGUUUUCGUUUUCCGCAAAUACAAUAAGAAGAAUGAGAUAAGUCUAAACCAGAACAAUCAGUAUAUGUUUUUUUAUAAAAAUUAAAACCAGGAUACGAAAUUGCUUAAAUUUCUGGGUGGCUUAGUAGGAUUCUUAGACUUUUUAAAUAGACCUAGAGCUAGACGCAAUGUAAUCCGUAACUAAGUUUUAAGUGUUUUUUUUUCUUCUUUCAUUUCUAAUUGGAUUUGUGUUCGGCAGCUUUUAGAGGAAAAAAGUUAAAGAACAAAAAAUUUUUUUAUGAAAUUUGAAUUUUUAUGAAAAGUUCUUGUGUAAGACAUGCGUUUGCUUGCUUUGAUGAAACACCGCCACAAAACAUCAACCUUAAACUCGUGCUUAAAGUGGAACUGAAAGAUAAGAUAUACGGGAUUUUAGAUCGUUACAGCGGUACGAAAUAGUCAUAAGAAAAAUAAAUAAAAAAUGAAAAAGAAAAGUGAAAAUUAUAGAGAAAAAGGGAAAAAAAAAACUAUUUAAAAAAUUAAUCGCAGAAUGCAUUUGAAAACAGGAAAAAAAGGUCUGAACAGGAAAAAAAGCACCAAGGACAACAUGUUCCCUAUUCUUUUUACAAAGGUCUAUAUAUUUUUUUUCUUUCUCUCUUAUAAUUUCUCUUAACUUUUGUGUAUUUCUUUGUCAAAAAAUAUAGUAGUUUUAACAAUAGGUUUUCCUUGCAACUUUUAAGGUAAUGUAAUUAAUUUCAUUUUUAGGAAUAAACACAGAAUUGUAAAUAUUGAAAUGAAAUGUAUUUAUUCAUAACGAUAA